UAGGAAGAGCAGCUAGGGUCACAUAGUAAUGUGUGUAUAAAUUUUUGUAUGAGAAACUGACUUGAACUGUAAACUUAAAGCACAAUGAAAAAAAAACUUAAAAAAUAAUUUAAAGUUAGACAUUGAAAAAUUUGCUAAGAACGAAAUCCUAAGAAAUCCAUCAGUGGAAGAACAAUAGUCACACUAGUACAUAUUAUUCUUUGGUUUCUCUACUAUGGAAUUUGCUCAAGUGAACCUGUUGCUUUGUUCUUUGAUUUUCUGUCAGCUUAGUUUUAAGUUAAUGGUAAUGGUAAGAUUGGCAUAAGUUAUUAGUUUAUUAAGCCUGUAAAUGCUAAUUAAAAUUUCGUUGUAAAGGUGUUGAUUUGUGGUGUGCUUUUCUUUGCAGACCUCUGUAUGGCUUUUCAAUUUUAGUUGAAAUUCCCUCCAUGGCCUUUUGGAGUCCCUUGGUGUGUCUCCAGAGUAAAUUUCCAUUACUCUUCAUUUCAUCAAUGGUGGAGUGGCAAGAAAAAGGAGGAUCUGAUUUGGGGUGAAAAGGUUUUUUCUAGGUAUAACGAACUGUAAACUUCAAAAGGAAUCAAAGAUGGGUGAAAAGAAACCAGAGCCUUUGGACUUCGUGAAGGAUUUCCAGGAGUACCUGACUCAGCAGACCCAUCAUGUGAACAUGAUUUCUGGAUCAGUUAGUGGGGACAAAGAAACAGAGGCUCUUCAGGGAGCCGGAACAGAUGGUGAUCAAAAUGGACUUGAUCACCCAUCUGUUGAAGUUUCCCUGGAUGAAAACUCAGGAAUGUUAGUAGACGGGUUUGAAAGGACCUUUGAUGGGAAGCUUAAGUGUCGGUACUGCAACUAUGCCAGCAAAGGAACGGCCCGGCUUAUCGAGCAUAUUAGAAUCCACACAGGUGAGAAACCUCAUAGGUGUCACUUAUGUCCAUUUGCAUCUGCUUAUGAGCGUCAUCUGGAAGCCCAUAUGCGUUCCCAUACCGGAGAAAAACCAUACAAAUGUGAAUUAUGUUCCUUCCGCUGCAGUGACCGGAGUAACCUGUCCCAUCAUCGAAGGCGCAAGCAUAAAAUGGUACCAAUUAAAGGUACUAGGUCUUCCUUGAGCAGCAAGAAAAUGUGGGGGGUUUUACAGAAGAAAACAAGCAAUCUAGGGUAUAGCAGAAGAGCACUAAUCAACUUAAGCCCACCGUCCAUGGUGGUUCAGAAACCAGACUACCUUAAUGAUUUCACCCAUGAAAUCCCAAACAUUCAGACUGACUCGUAUGAAAGUAUGGCGAAAACUACACCCACCGGUGGCCUACCAAGGGACCCCCAAGAACUCAUGGUUGAUAACCCUUUAAAUCAGCUGUCGACUCUAGCAGGACAGUUGUCCAGUUUGCCACCUGAAAACCAAAACCCCGCAUCCCCUGAUGUAGUUCCCUGCCCCGAUGAAAAGCCUUUCAUGAUUCAGCAGCCCUCUGCAGUCGUUUCUGCUGUGUCAGCAGGUAUUCCUCAGAGCUCCUCUCCCACGAGCCCUGACCCUCGGCCAUCGCAGAGUCAGAGGAACUAUAGUCCAGUGGCAGGGCCAAGCAGUGAACCAAGUGCCCACACCAGCACUCCUAGCAUAGGAAACAGCCAGCCCAGCACUCCAGUCCCAACCCUGCCGGUCCAGGAUCCUCAGCUUCUGCAUCACUGCCAGCACUGUGACAUGUAUUUUGCAGACAAUAUCCUUUACACUAUUCAUAUGGGAUGUCAUGGAUACGAAAACCCUUUUCAGUGUAAUAUAUGUGGAUGCAAAUGUAAAAACAAGUAUGAUUUUGCCUGUCAUUUUGCAAGAGGGCAGCAUAACCAACACUGAAAACAAUCACAUCACACUUUGUUUUUGCCAUUUUGUGUUUUGUUAAGGGUUGUUUUUUUUUGGGGGUGGGGGGGAGUGGGGAGGUCAUCCCUGAUAAGAUGUCUGCUAAUUUAAAGUUUAUGCAUUAUAUUUAUAGCAUAUAAAUUUGACAAUGGAAACAAAAUACCCCCCCCCCUUUUUUUUUUCCAUAAAAAUCCAGCCAGGGUCAUUUAUGUGUUAGAGCAGCUAGAAAGAUUGGUGUCUAACUUUUCCUUUCAUUAUUUAGACGUUUGAAAAUCGGAGUCCAGUCAUAAUCUUACAGGUGUUCAUUUAAAUUUCCCACCUUUAUGGUCCAUAAAAACUUCAAGGCUUAUCCAUACUCUUGGUAUUUCAAUACAUACAUUGCAGCUAGCUGUUAUUUCUGCCAUAUUUCACAAUGGUAGAACAUGAUUUUCCUUUACAAAUUCUGUUACAGCUUAUUUCAGUGUGUAGUAGGGGAGUUGCCUUUAAAUUUGCUCUGAAAUUGGAUUACGAUUUAAUUCACAUAGUUUAAGUUGAAGCAGUAGUUUCAUUUCACCUGAUAACAGUGAAGGUAUUUCAGAGUAGUAAAUCUUUUUUCCACAUGGGGAAAUAUAAAGCAAUUUGAUUUUUUUAAAAGCAAAAGUUACAAAAACAUGAAAUGAAAAUUCAGAAGAGAAAUGAAACUCAAGACUUUACAUCGAAAACGUACUAUCUUUUUCCUCCAUAACUGAAGAAAUUGGGGUUUAUUAUUUAAAAUAUGUUCAAUUUCUAGUUUAAACACAUGCCAGCUUUCCACUGGAUUUUUUUUAUCAUACGUCCAGUUUGUUUAAAAACACACACACACAACAGCACUAGAAAAAUGAGA